CCCGCCGCGACCGCGAUGGAACCAUCCGGUUCAGGAGCAGCACAACCGGGCGAGGACGACCACAUCCAAGAACCGGCCCACGAGCGCCCUUGCGCCUCCUCCAAUGGCGCCCCGGGUGCUGCUGCGCCGCCACCUCCCCGCGCGACGCCCCUCCACCUCGAGCAGGCCCGAGGCGGCGCCGACGGGUCGAGCUCCGCCGUGGCGGGGGCCGACCGGAAGGGCACGGGGACGCCGCCGCCCAAGGUCAUUCCUUUUCCUCCGUGCUCCGCGGGGAGCGGCAGCUCCUCCGCCCCCUCCCUCGACCACGCCGCGGCAUUGAGAGCCGGGGCCUUCGGAGGUGGGGGAGUCGAGCUCCGCGGCGGGAAGCCGCCAGGCGCGGGUGACGUGGGACGACCCCUUGGUGGCGGAGACGAGGGAGGUGCCCAACGCGGCGGCGCAUCCGCUCGACCCCAAGCUGGCGUCCAGGCGGUCGGCGGAAAGGAGAACAGGCGAUGGGGACAGCAGUUCAACUCGCUGCGCGCGGAAGGGGCGAUGUGUAGGAAGGAACAGGAGAAACUAUCACAAGUAAAGGCUGUGGUAAAGGUGAGACCCAAGCAGGACAAACUUUUUUCGAAAAAAGGUGCCAAGCUGGACAAACUACUGCUAGUAAAGGGGAAAUCGGUCCCGAGUCAGCUUAAGAGCAAGAAUUUUCGUAGAAAAGGAAGGGGAAUAUGGCCGGAACAUGUGAAGCACCAGACACUUCGCAUAUCUGAAGUCAGAAGGCACUAUAAGCUUACUUCUGACGAGGCGAACCAUCUUGAUGCUUAUUCAGAAUGUAGACCGGUGAUUGGAGAUGGGGAGUGUUUCUACAGGAGCUUCAUAUUUUCGUACCUUGAGCAAGUUAUUGAUAGGCAGGACGCACAUGAGGAACGCCGUCUCCUUAGAAGAGUGUCUACACAACGUGCAAAUCUUCAAUGGAACUCUGAGUUUUCCCGGAGCAGAAGAGCAUUUAAGGAGCUGAUUGAGAACGUAAUGAAAUGGAAGAGAACGGAAUCAACUAGCAGUCGCCGUAAAGAGAAACUUCUGAAGUUCUUCAGCACGUAUGAUACGACACAAGACAUUUUUGUUUUCCUCAGAUUACUAGUAGCUAUCCAGAUAUGCUCGCACAGGGAGGUGUAUGAACCGAUUAUACAAGGGCCCGGAGGAAAUUACAGUCUGGAAGUUUGGUGCUUGCAGCACGUCAUUCCAGCUCGUGUGUACGCGGACCAUGUUAUGAUGGUGGCUUUGGCCAGAGCGCUUGAGGUCCCCCUCAGAGUGGAAUCACUCCAACGAGGAUAUGCUCCAGAUAUCUACACUGGUCCUGGAGUUCCCCGUCCGAGUGUGACCCUCCUGUACACAGGUGAUCACUACGACAUCAUCUACCCACGCGCUCCUUCUGCUGAGGUUUCAAGUCACCGGGCUUCCCAGAGAGAACAUCCUGGUGGUCAGAGUUCAAGUCAUCAGGCUUCCCAGAGAAAACAUCCUGGUGAUCAGAGUUCAAGUCAACAGACUUUCUAGAGAGUGGUCAGAGUUCAAGUCAUCAGGCUUCCCAGAGAAAACAUCCUGGUGAUCAGAGUUCAAGUCAACAGACUUUCUAGAGAGAACAUCCUGCUGAUUAGAGUUCAAGUCAACAGAUUCCGCUGGAUUAAAGUUGAGUUGGGCUGUUGCAGUUGAAUGAGAGUAUUUUUGAGUUUAGUGGUAGAGUAGAUGCACCGAUGAAGUUGGGGUAGGCAUAGCAUAUAGUUACUUGUGCAUUCUUCUUCUGUUGGCAUUCUGUGAUCACAUUCGAAUUUCUUAAUUGUGUUUUCGAAAUUUGAACAUGGGCAUGAUAUCGGUUGAUUUUUUGGGUAUGUUCUGGAAGACACAAAUAUUGCACUUGUUUGGACA